GGUUUGAUAUCUACCAGGACAACCUCCAGACAAGCAAGCUUCCUGAAGCCAUUUAUUUGCACGGCCGACUGAGAGAGAGAGAGAGACAGAGAGAAGGAGAAUGUUUCUACUGGGUCUCCCGGAUCGGUGCCAUGUGGGAACUGUUUGUUAGCCCAGCUCCUUGGGAGUGGGCCAGGGAACGCCACUGUUAAGAGAGAGAGAGAGAGAGAGAGAGUAAAGGGGGGUGGCGGGGGGGAAGACAGAAACGGUACCAGCCCUGCCAGCCUGCUUCCCCCCACCCCCCCGCUCCCUCUUGGCAGAGACCAUGCAGCAACACCUACUCCUCUUGCUGGUUUAUAUGGACCCCCUGAGCCUGCUGGUGUGGGCGGGCAGGAGCCGCAGCAACAGGACACUGGCUUCACCCCCGCGGCGCCAGGGGGGCAAAGCGGCGCCAGUCAAUGCCACCGUGGUGGUGCCCGUCCUGCAGAUCAACAAGAUGAAGCCGCUGGUGCUGCAGCACUCCGAGAAAUGCCGGGGACACUACGACGUGGCCGGCCAGUGGGACCCCGACUUCGAGUGCAACAGGACUUCCUACAAUUACUGCUGUGGCACUUGCUACAUGCGCUACUGCUGCCAGGACAAGAACUACCGGCUGGAGCAGAACGGCUGUAAGAACUACGUGACCCCCAAAGUGGAGAUCCAAGUCACCACCGACCCGGAUCUGGGACAGCUGGACAACGUGUAUGACCCGAGCAAAGACAAGACCAACAGCACGGUGUACAUCACCUGCGGAGUCAUCGCCUUUGUGAUUAUCGCUGGGGUCUUCGCCAAAGUUGCCUACGACAAAGCGACUCGCCCCCCGCGCGAAAUGAACGUCUCCAGGGCCUUGGCAGACAUCUUACGAAACCAGGGACCGAUUCCAGUGCCACACUAUGAGCGAGAGAACAUGACUGCAAUAGAUGGAUCGCCCAAGGAAAACUCUCCUGUCAGAACCUCCAAAAACCAUUUUACACCCGUGCGAACAUCCAAAGGCAAUCACGGACUACAUGGAAAAGAUUCAAGCACCAGUCAUGGCUAUCGUAGUGGAGGACCAGACUUGCAUAACUUCAUUUCUUCAGGAUUUGUGACACUGGGACGAGGACAUCUCAAGGGUAAUCAUCAACACAAUUAUAACCAUUUAGGACUGAUCAGUCCAACUCGAACUCCCACAAAUGAAAAGCCUCGGAUGAACAGUAUUCUUACUUCUGCAACUGAACCAUAUGAUCUGUCUUUCUCAAGAUCCUACCAGAGUCUCUCACACCUUCCGCCAUCUUAUGAAUCUGCAGUUAAAUCUGACAUAAGCAAGUAUUCUUCACUAAAGCGGUUAAGUGAAAAGGAGAUUGAUGAAUAUUACAUGAAAAGGCGACACCUUCCAGACUUGGCAGCGAGAGGAACCCUGCCUCUCCACAUUAUGAAAAUGAACCAGGAGCACAGUAACACCAGGGAGAGGCCUAGACGACCAAUGCGAGCAAUGUCACAAGACAGAGUCCUGUCUCCAGAGAGAGAUGUGCCUCAAGAAUGUGUCAUGACUUACGAGCGCAUCCUAUCUGAUGAACAACUGCUAUCAGCUGAACGUCUUCAGUCCCAGGACCCUCUGCUCUCUCCCGAUAAAGUUAUGUCCCUCAAACGCUCGGGGUUCCGUGAAAAGGCCAUGUCCAGGGCCUUGUCCCAGUCCCACACAGAUGUCUUUGUAUCCACGCCCGUCUUAGAUCGCUAUAAGAUGACAAAAAUGCACUCGCAUCCCAGUGCCUCAAACUCUUCUUAUAAUACCUUAAAUACAAAUCAAACAAACCACACUGCUGCUAAGCGACAUGCCUUUGCUUCACGUCGGCACAACACAGUGGAACAGCUCCACUAUAUCCCAGGACAUCACCGUAAUUACCAUACAGCCAGCAAAACAGAAGUAACUGUUUGAUCUUAAUAAAAAAAACACAUCACCGAUUCCAUAAUAACAAGAGUCUGGAAUAUUUGUCAGUGAGCCAGAGGACAAUGGCACUAUCAGACCACACUAAUUACUCACGCCCUAAUUCCUGACAUGUUAUUCAAGCAAAUGCAUUUGUUUUAUCUAAACAAAGUGGCAUCCAAUAUGAGGCUUCAGUCUUUCCAGAGACCUGUAACAUCAGUUCCUUGUUUUAUUCAAGGUUUUCAUUUUAGUUGGUACAUUAGCACAACAGAUGGUAUUAUACCAUUCAGGUCACCUGACAGUUUCUAUCAAAGGAAGCCAUGUGGUAUGGUAGUCAAGUUAAAGGGCUGAUGGAGAUACAAGGUCAGUGGUUGAAUUUCUAACCAAAUGUUAAUGCUACUAUUGGAGAUUAAAGCUAUUUUGGU